AUUGAUAUAAGCGUCAGUAUAACAAUGGCAAACGAAGCAGUUCAGCUGCGUAAAUCUGCACGUUUGUUUGGCAAUGUAUUGCUUAUAUUCUGCACAGUUGGAAUGCUAUUGUCCGUGUAUGCACUUUAUGUUGAAAUCCACGCAGAGGGAGACUCGAGUUUUAAAGCAUGGUGUGAUAUAAAUCCUAAAAUGAGCUGUUCUAAAGUGUUUACAUCAAGGUACGGAAGAGGUUUUGGCUUAUUGGAGUACCUUGUCGGUAAAACCAGUGUAUUAAAUCAACCAAAUAGUAUUUUUGGCCUGAUUUUCUACAUCCUUCAAAUAAUAUGUGCAAUGACGAUAUCCGGCAGUCUCGCAAGCUUAGCUCUAGGAACAAGUAUUGUGGCGAACUUUGGCUCAGCCUAUCUGGCUUAUAUACUGGUAUAUAUACUAGAUGAUGUUUGUGUGGUGUGUGUUUCUACGUAUAUAGUCAAUGCUGUUAUUUUGUACUGCUGUUAUCAAAGAUAUUACAAGAUUGUCAACAUUUCCAAAAACAAAAAGCAAAGAUGAUAGAAAAGGACAAAAUACCCGAUUCCAAUGUCUCGCCAGAGUGUCUAAUUGCUUCAAAUGCCAAAGUGUCUUAUCAUGGAAGUAAAAUGAUGAUAAUACUUCCAUGGUCUUAUCAUUCGAGAUUAUCAUGCUAACAGUUUACUACAGUGAUUUUUGUAGAUUAUCACGCUAACAGUUUACUACAGUGAUUUUUGUAGAUUAUCAUGCUAACAGUUUACUACAGUGAUUUAUGAAGUAACGAUUGUAGAAGGCUUAUAUUAGAAGUCUAACUAUAGACAUAAUAAUAUAUAGUACUAUAUAUGUCUCAUUAACAAAUAAUGUAAACAUAUGGUAGUAGUAGGUCAAUGUAGUAUUGUUUUUUGUUUUAUUAAAGUGCUAUAUAUAUUUUUUUACAUUAAAUCAAAAGUUAGGUCUUCUUGUAGGCCUAACAGGAUCCAGUAUAUGGUUUAUAAAAACUUAUGUUAGGUUAUGUGGAUAAAAAUACGAUCCUGUAUAAGAAAAUAGAACUUUUGUAUUAAUAUAAUUCAAGGAUAUUAACACUCAAUUCAAUUGAAUCCAGAGUUUUAUUUCAAGUCGAUAUUCUGAACAGAACAUUCCGGCCGGAUGUGCCAGCUUGCUUUGACAUUCCACACAGCCGAACAGUGAUGUUUAUGAAGAAGGGACUAUAAUAUCGUAAUAGGUUUCAAUAAGGCUUCUGCACGUCCAGUGGUAAAUAUAACAUUUGGAAUAAGAAAGAUAACAUGUGAAUACGACAUGUGAUGUUAUGUUUUGUACAAGUCACUUUGGGUCGGCUUUUUAACGUUCCGGUUAAAAAGGGUACUAGAAGUCCACAGUAAGACAAGACAUAUAUUAUUCUGAUACUGAGCCGAUCAAUCUUUGUAGCAUUGCUUAAUACCGAGUGUUUUACGGAGAAGAAUCAAGUUUUUACUUUAUGGUGUUGUUUGAUCUGACAGGUUAUUGAACCACCAGCCUUCCAAACUGGAAGCAUAAAGACGAGACAGUUUAUUACUUUGAUAUUGAUAUAUUGUUGCAUUAUCAUACGUGGGGUUUAGUUCUUAAGGAUCGACAAUUUGAUUUUGAGAAGGGAGCUAGCAGAUUUUGGAAACAAAUAUGCCAUUCAGUAAGAAAUUAAUAAUCUUGUCCUAUACGGUAACACAUGAUUAUAAAUAUUAUGGCCCCAAAUUGUUCGAAAUAUUUUACAAAAAAAGAUAUACCAUAGUUACAUUAACAGAAGUAUUAUCAUGAUAUUAGAUUUUCAUUUACUGCAAAUAUAUAUACUUUAUUUUAGACUUCAAGAUAUACACAUAACUGUCAGGUUAUACAUGGCCUGAGUUCGAGUCUACUACAAUAUAUGCCUGUUAUUGGAUAAUUGUCGGAUAAAACGAAUGUCUAAAACAUGAAAGUGGGAAAGACUGGCAGUUUUUAUAUCACUUUUUGGAUUACUUGAAAAAAAUUAUCUGGUCGCCCUUGAGUUGGAAAUAAAUAUUCUGCUUUGUUUGCUAGAACGUUAAAAAUUCGACGCAGGGUAUCGGUUCAGUAAAUGAAAUGGUUAAUAUUCAUAUCACAUUAAUAUGUUCUCGUUUUAUAUGCAUGUUACAUUUGCCAUUGGAUGUUUAACAUCAAUUUUCCCCUACUCUCAGUAAUAUAACAGUUACUUCAUUUAAAUUUGCACAUCUUUUCUGAAUUUGGUGUUUUUAAGAUUAAAUUUUAAUAGAUCAUUUAUAUUUGGUAGGUUGCUGUAUUACCGUUUUUAAAGGAAAUUUAAAACUAGUGUUCGUAGUCUUGAUACAUGUAGCGCUCAAUAAAUGAAGUUUAUAUUGCUUUGUCCGAUACUUAAUAAGUUUUUUUUUUCAGGGCAGGUGACAUCACCAUUCAGAAUUGUAUUGAAAUUGAUAUCCAUUCCUGAAUAUUGAAUUAUAUGACUUCAGAUCAAAUAAUCUUUAUUAUUAGUUUUAUUUAUAGAAAUACUCGUUUUAUUGUUUAAUUGUAUUAUUUGUUGUAAGAACAGACUAACAAUAUAUAAAUUAGAACAAUUUAGUGUAAAGUAUACAAGUUUGACUGAAAGUUAAAGAAAUGUACAGUCCAGUACAUUCACGAAAUUAGCAUAAUUGUCACAAUCAAAAUUGCAUGUCAAUGUCUCAUUAUAGUAAAGUACUAUUUUAGUAUAUAUAUACAGUAUUUUUCUUUAUAUUGUAAGCAAACUGAAAGCCAUUUAAAAGGAUAAUUAUGAGUGAAUGAGAAUGUUUGCGUGUGAACUAGUUAUUUUUAAAAUAUAUUCGAUAUUGUAAUAAAUGCAUAUUUUGAUAUUCUA